GCGACCCAACGGUACCUUUAAAAGCGAAACCAUUUCCAUAGCUGAAAGCUCUCCUCUACUUUCAGAAACUCUCUCAGUCCAUUACAGCAUCACGCAUUUCUUCCAACCCAGAAAUCUACUAGACCCUCACUCCAUCCGAAACAACCAAAGAUCACAGCACCAAUGGUUAACUUCACAAACCCGUUCGUGGGUAAGGGCACGGGAAAAGACAGAGAGACGAGAAUAGGCCGUCCCGUUUCGCAGUGCCCACAGUGCCUAAACGGCCAGCCCAUCCUCGGCGGCUACUGCCUUUCAUGCGGCUUUCGCAACGGCCCUCCCAUACUCAAUUCUGAGGAAAGCGAGAUAGGAUCUUCAGACAUCUCUCCAAAGAAUACGAGAAGAGGCAAGGGUAAGGGUAGGCAACCAACUGAUAAUUCGGAGGGCAUCGCGAGCUAUCAAAACCAAGGUAACUUCGGCUACGGUGCAAGAGACGACGGUUUCCCCAUUCCCAGUCCUUUGGAACAGCUGUCCUCUGAGACAUAUCGACCGAGAGCGAAAGAUCAGCAACCCGUGGCGCCGUCUGAUUCGGUCUCGAACUACUGGGACAAGCGCGGAAGACGAAAAUCUACCCCACCUCCUCUGUCUGGCCUUUCAAACCCACCACCGCGUGCCGCAAGAAGAAACGAUUCGUACAUUCGACGGGAGCUGCAUCCAGAAUACGAGAAUCCUGACAGCAGCCCGUCAACGCCUCCCCGUGCCAUCCUCCGUGCUCCUAAUCUCAACAAAGAUCUACCCUCCGUGCGGACCAUGCACCACAACCGAGGCAGAGAUAUCGAGAUGCGAGCCUUUGAGAAUGUCGAUCUUGAGGCUGGUCCUGAGGACAACAACGCCAUUCGGACAAGAGAUUUUUGGGGUAGAACAGAAAUUGAUGGGACGAGGAGAUCUCUGUGGACGAGAGUAAAGGCUAAUAUGCAUAAAGACUGGGUGGGAUUGGGUUUUGGGCUUGUGUUCUUGGUCAUGUUCAUUGGUUUCGUCUCUGCGGAUGCUUAUUACGCGACUCAUCACCUUGCGGUCGAGUGAGCUGUUUUCCUUCUCACUUGAUUUGUUUUUGGGCUGGUGGCUGGUACGUCCGACCUGGUAUUAUAGCAGCAGAGAGAUAUGAGAUGAUGACUGCAAGGGGGGAAUGGAACCUCCCCAGGAUUCCCCAACAAUCUUGUACGAGUGUAAUUCGUGUGAUUACUUGUGCCAGUGAAUCCUUAUUUAGCAACGCGCAGUGAAAACGUUUGAAGAGCAAGAAAUUCUCCGAGACUGACUGACUGGCCGGGACAGACGUGAAGGGAUAAAUGACCUUGCAGCAGAUAAGAA